CAAGUCUCCUCGCCAUCUGACAUUACUCCCACAUUCAAUUGCAAUACUUGCGCCAAACUAGCGACCCGGUUUUGUACUUCUAUACUUUGCCAAUUGGUUUAAAUGAAGGCUCUAGGGCGAGGAAGAGCGAAGCGACUGGCGGAGCGGAGCACCCUAAGCUCGAGUGUCCAGCCGGUGCAGCCAGUCGUGUAAAAAGCCCGGAUAUUCUAGAACAGUUUGGAGGAGGUCAGAUGGCCAGUCAAAAACACGAGUUCAAAGUUACCAUGACGUGUGAGGGCUGUUCAGGAGCAGUUACUCGUGUUCUCAAGAGAUUGGAAGGUGUGGAAACAAUUGAUAUCGAUAUGGCCAAGCAGACAGUACAUGUCCAAUCAACUCUACCGUCAGACAAGUUGCUGGAGACUAUCAAGAAAACUGGCAAGGAGUGCUCAUACGUCGGUGUGGUGUAAGCCUUGAAAACUAGCAGCAAUUCACCAGAUUCAGUUGUGUGCAUUCUUAGCUUGACGUAGUAGUACAUCUACUCGUUUUUUGUUAUUGUAGUAAACUGUUAAAAAAUCACGGAAUGCACCAAUGAUAGCAACUGACUUGUGUAACUGUGUACCACACAGCAACCAGUGCAUACAGGGUACUGUAAUAAACUAGUACAUGUAUAUACGGCACACGAACCGUGUAGGAACAUAUUUGUAAUAAAGCAAAUCAGCUAGCUCCA